CGCUUUUCCUUUGGUGCUCCUUCAACAGCUGAGCUGAUUCAACCAAUAUUCUUCCUUGCAAAUAGAAUUAAAGUAACUUUAUUUUAAUCAUGUUUUUGACCUUACUUCUUCUAUUUAUCGUCCAAUCUGCUGGGCAGACGCAGACUAUCCUAGAUUUCAGCCUGAAAACACCUUCGCUCAGCAAACUCGCAUCCCUAAUUGGAGCAUCUCCUCAGCUCUCGUCUCUCCUAAUACCAGCCUACAACUUCACAUUUCUCGCUCCAACCGAUGACGCGAUUUCAACCUGGCUCGCUGGGAACCGCUCCCAGAGCUGGAUUGAAGCAACUUUGACCUACCACCUUCUUUCCGGUAGCCAUCCUACCGCUCUGCUUAGCACAACGCCACAAUUUGUUCCAACUGCUCUUUCGAACACUUCCUUCGCUAAUGUCACGGGUGGCCAACGCAUCGAGGCUUCCAGGCCGAAUGAGACAAUCUUCCAGUCAGGAAACAAAACGUCCAGCAAAUUAGUAUCUGGGGACUAUCUAGUUAACGGCGGAAUGAUCCACAUCAUCGAUUCUGUCCUGCAGAUCCCUUCGGAUAUUUUAAAGACAGUGACAGACGCAGGGCUCUCAUACGCCAUCGCGAUUUUUAACCGAGAGUACUUUUGGAGCGGGUACAAUCCCUCUUUCUUCAGCACCGUUACUGUAGCUACGGACAUGACAUGGUUCGUCCCAAACAGCGCCGCAGCGCUGAAUGAUAUCAUCAAUGCAUCUCCCGCUACGCAAGGGCAGUUUACUGCCCUCGCCAGCUACCACUGCAUUGUUGGAAGUGUCCUAUACUCGACAUCAUUCAAGAACGGAACAAAGUUGACCAUGUUCUCUGGGCUGCCUGCAAUAGUAAGGAUCCUGGAUGACGGCACUACCUAUAUCAACUCUGCCAAGGUUAUUGCUUCUGAUUAUUUGAUUCAGAAUGGUGUGAUGCAUAUCAUUGACAGCAAUCUGAUGCCCGGCAACACCACUGGCCCAUCUGCGACAACCUUUCCCACAAUUAUACCCUCUCCACAGCCGACCAAAAGUGCAAACGGCACAAUUCCUCAAGCUCCUCGGGAGCUAUCCGUAGCUGCAUACACGGGGAUUGGCGUUGGAGCUGGGAUAACACUUCUACUCAUUAUAAUUGGCGCCAUGCUUUGUGUGCGGCAAAAACGACGACUUGCAAACCGGAAGGGGCAAUCGAAUCGGCAACGCCGUUCCCGUAUAUUUGAGCUGAGCGCUGGUGUGGAUGGAAUAGCGCAGUUGGAGACACGAGAGCGAUUCCUUGAAUUGCCUGUGGGCAGAAAUAAUAAUUCCAGAUACAGGUGACUAACGAAGUUUGUGCACAGGCGAUUUGCAAGAUGGGAGACCUGGCAGAGAAUUGUAUUAUCACUGCAAAAACCGGAUGAGUAAUUCAAACUCUCAAGUACAGGCUGCCAUCGCUUGAUGCACAUAACCAC